UUUCAUGGGUGACUUGGGGAGAGUCGUGCCACCAUAUAACGAUUGAUUUUCUUCCCUUUUUGAGAGUCGAGUCGAGAUAUUCCGCGAAUCAGACUCCUCAUACCAAAAGGCAAGAAGCAACCCGCCAAGUUUCGAUUUCCCGACGUGUCGCAUACUUAUGUGUAUGUGUGUGUGUUUAAAACUCGGUUGCUCGGACAAAGGAGGGGCUUCGUCAGGAGCGUAUCGAGUCAUUUGAGAAUUUUGUAUCGGACAAAAGAUACGAAACAUUACCCACAUUUCUUGAGGGUUCGGUUUCCAGGAUUUCAUGCGUUUCGCGAUUACAAUCAUACACAAAAUUGUAUUAUUGUGGGAGUGUAUUCCUCUCUUUUUCUUUCUCUCUUCUUACAUUUUUUAUAUAUAUAUAUAUAUAUAUUCGGGCAGGUGUGUACUAUCUUUUCUACACGCUUCGUUUCUUCCUUAUUGUCUAAAAUACAUGAAAUAAUUUGCUCCCCCUCAUAGAGUAUCAGAGGCCAGUCAACUCGAAUAACUUUUCCAGUUGCCGGUAGUGCACGGUCAGUUUAGUUUCUUUCGUUUUAAUUUUACAUAUACAUAUAGUUCAAUGUGAAACAGUUGAGUCGGAGCAUGAAAAUGAAAGCGCACCAGUCGAAUAGCGGCACCAGGGUGCUUCUAAACCUAUCCCUUCUCAAGGAAAUGCAACAUUAAUUCUCUUUUUUCCCCCCCUCAAAAAUCAUUGGAAUUUUCUUUGAUAUAAGAGAAAAAAAGCAAAACAAAAACGUGGCGGCGACAGUGUUAUUGUGAAGCAGAAGAUUCAGGACCGGCACGACGAGUGUUAACCCGCGUUUGCCAUUGGAACAUGGCUUCCAGCAGCUCUGACAGUGACAACAAUGUGCCGCAAUGGAAGCGGGAUCUCAUUCGACGCAGACAAGGUAAGGUGAUCACCAGCAAUUGUAGUGGUGGUGGUUCCGCAUCUUCCUCGAGGGAAUCAACCUGUGGCGCUGUAGUCGUGACCGCUUCUUUCGAAAGUUCACCAGUCGCGGGCAACAUGCGUCUCGAAGCGGAUGUCUCGCGUUGUUCCGACUCGGAGGACGUUCUUAAUUCAGUUCCCGGUGGACGAACAUCGGAAAUUAAUAUCGAGAAAAGUAAAUCGGAAAAUUGUGAUUUAUAUCGGGCAAAGAAAGUCGAGAGAAAAAGUGAUAUAUUUCAAUUAUUAGAACUCUCGAAAAAAACACAACAACGACUUGAUAUGACACGUGAAAUAAAAAAAGUGCCGGACGAUUGCGAAAGUGACAGUUCCGAGGAAUUGCAGUAUGGACCGGGAAUUGUCAAUAAAUUAAAAAGCAAGUACCUUAAUUUAACGCUAAGAGAGACAAACAAGAAUCGAGGCUCGGUGCAACGUUUUAGACGAGCAGCGAGUCUUGAGGAUCUUCUCGAUUGCGAUGAUGAUCCACCGGAGAAAAUGGUCAAAAGAUUUGCCAAGAAAAAUGUUGUAACAAAGGCAGAACGUUACAGAAACUCUUCGAGGGGUAAUGACUCGAUGAAAAGAGCGAGAAGCGUGGAGACUCUUAUGAGGUACAAUUCAGCACCAGAGGAACCAAACUCAAACCGGUUUGGGUCCAUCUUCAAACAAGAACCCGUCAACGAUCAUAUUAUUCUCAUCGACAGAUCGUCCGCUAAGAUUGAGAGUCGCCUCGUUGAGGAGAGACCAAAGGCUGUCAACAAACCCAUGAGGAUCAAACCUGUCCUGGCGGAAACUGAGAGACCACCGCCGGAUCUAGUCAAGACCACAAUGAGAAUCUUUGAGGGUUCGACAAAGAAGCUCAAGCCAAAGGGCGAGGUCGCUGCUAAAGUUGCAACAUUCAAGACAAUUAAUGAUACAUUCAAAGCUAAAAAUCAGAAGAAAAUCAUUCCAAAACCACCGUUACAACCGAAACCAUUUUUAAAUGGCAACAAUCGUACUUCCUGUUCGCCAAAGAAAAUUAUCCUCACCCAAAAACCAACCAUAGAAGUGGAAAAACAAGAAACUCCCGGCGUUAUCACCGAACCAAUCGUUCAGUCCGUAUCAUCAGUUGUCUCCAAAUUCCAACAAAUCGAAAAAUCCCUAUCUCCCUCGCCAUCACCUGAACCAUCUUUCAAAGAAAGAGUCAAAUUCUCCCCUGUCCCAAGUCCCGAACCUUCGCUCAAUAAAUUAAAAUCCUCCCUCGAAAUCAAUGUUAAAUCACCACCAGUGACACCAGUUUUAUCACCAAGAAUACAAUCACCAGCAUCACCGAAAAAAGAUAUCAUUCGACAAAAUUCCAGUCCCGUUCACAAAUCCAGUCCUAGUCGUGAAUUCGUUAAACAAAUCUCCGAACCUCCAAAGUUUUGGCAUCAAAUGGAAAAGGAGAAUAUGAAACCUGAGAUUAGUACAGUAACAGAAGAAAGUGACAAUAAAGAAGAAAUAGAGAAUAUUGAAUUGAGGGAAAACGAAAAAUCCGAAGAUCUAGAAUUAGAUGAUAAAGAAAUUAAAGAAAUUGAAGAAACGCAAGAAAACGUUACAGAAACCGAUGGACCAAGGACCGUUUCAAGGUCAGCUUUGGAUAACAUAAGUAAAGCUGGAACAACCCUGCAGUUUAAUUUCAAUAACAAAAGCAUCAUUGAUAAAAGUCAUUUACCAAUUUUAGCUCAAAAUGGACAAACUAAUAAUGAAAAACUUUUAUUAACAACAAGUGAAGAUUUAAAUAAUAAAACUCGUAUUCAAGAAAGACUUAAUCCAGAAAAAAUUGAUAAACAAAAAGAGGACUCAUCUAAUGAUAAUCGACCAAUGGGAGCAAUUUCGAGUUUAGGAUUAAUUAAAACAGUGACAAUGACAUAUCCACAAUCUAAUGAAUCAAAAACGAUAAGAUAUCAUCAUAAAUCAGAGCCGCCUCAAAAACAAAUUGGCAUCAUUCGACCAUUGGUGUCGACAAAAACACAAUUGCCACAACAAAAUUUAAGUAACAGAGAACUUGAAAAAAAUUUAAUAAAUCGAGUUAAAAGCAUAGAACAACAACCAACAAAAGUUGUAGUGAGUUUAAAAAGUGCGGAGGAAAUACAAGCUAAAAAAUCCGAUUCUAGAAGUGGUCUUUGGGAUACGAAGCCUUGGAAUCAGCAGAAUAAUACAAUGGUCUUCAAUUUUAGCGGCAGAAAGGAUGUUCCUGACUAUAUCGAAAACGAUGGCAUGAACAUCAAGAGGAAACGUGAUAAACCAAUUGUUACUGAAGGAGGUAUUAUAGUAUUAGACGCGACUUUGGAUGCUUCGACGACCGAUGAAUCUGAUUGGGAAAUUUCUGGAGGUCCACCUUCUCCUUGUGAUGUGUCUUUCUUAAAUGACAACAUUCUCAUCAACGGUCGGAGUAAUUUAUCAAGACAGCCUAGAAAUCAUAAGCAUCGUAUUCAAUUUAAUGACGAGGCUACUCGGACCUUUGAAUAUCCUAGUGAAGCCUCAAUGCUUGAGGGCGAUGGGUCCAGUGUAGAUGGUGAAACUUCCGGUUCCGGUGAACAGUUUGCGAGCAACAACGCUAGGCCAUCCACCAGUUUACCUUCACUACUAGGAGGAAGCGUGGGAGGAGGAGGUGGAGGACUUGCAACAUAUACACCAAGCAAAGUUGAUUUAAAUUCCGAAGGAUUUGAAUUAGGAGUGACUAGAGCGACAGCUUCAACAAUUCCUUCGAUGAUUUCUACAACGCAACCCGAUAGUCUUACUGAAGAGGAUUAUCUCAAGCCAGCUCAAGAUGCUGGAGCCUGGGGCUCUGAAACAACUGCAGAUAUGUUAUUCUGACAAUUCCAAUCAAGUUCUUCUUUCAUGAACUAAAAAAAAUGGCUUUCUAAGGAUAUUUUGUUUGAGGAAAAAAAAAAAUAUUUCUUCUAAAUAGAAAAGCCUUAAUUCUGCUCACUCAACAUUUUCAUUUUAAGUUAAUGCCUUCAAAGCAUAUACAUAAAACAAAUGUCGAUAUAAUAGUAAUUUUUAGAGUCACAUAAAUCAUAAACAACGACUAGAACGCGAGUUCUUUGGAAAAUUAAAGACAAAUUCAAAAUAAAAAUAAUAAAAUUAAAAGUAAAUAAAACGAAAAAUUUUAUUUUCUCCAAAAAUACUUUCCGAUUAAAUUUUCUUUAUAAUGUUCAUAAUUUUUUUCCAUUUAAAAAAAUCAAUUUUUACCAUAUUUAUUGUUUUCUAUAAAAUAAAUAUGGUUUAUAAAUUUAAUAAAUUUUUAACGAAUUCCGUAAAAAUUAAACAAAAUUAAAAAAAGGAAAGAAAAAUUUUAAUUUACUUAAAUUUAAUUUUCCAGAGGACUCAAUUGAAAAAUGCGUUUUAAAAAUUAGAGGCUUUGACGUAUAAUAUUACGCAAAAGUUUAUUAGUUAAGGAAAGACGAUAUCAUUCCAAAUCUGCAUUUCGUUUUUUUUUCAAAUUGCAAAAAACACGUAAAUCUUUCUUUGCGUAAUGCGAUUAAAAAAAAAAAACUGCCAGUAAUUAAGACUAUUACCAUAUAUAGAAUUAUCACACGAAAAAGCCACUAAUUAAUUUCCAAAAUAAAAAAACGCAUAUCAACUUUUUUUUUGGCAAAUUUUCGGACCAAACGGAUUUAAUUUAGAAACUUUUUUUCUGAGAUUAAUCUCAAAAACAAGUUUUAUGCGAAACUUUCUUUUCUUUUAAGACGAAUUAAAACAAUUUUCUAAAUAUAAAUAAGUGAUUUCAGAAUGAAGAAAACAGAAACAUAUAUAAAAUAAUAAUUCAAGUUUAGAUUUGUAAAAUUUUUUGCCAAAGUAGGGCGUAAGAUUAUAUAAAUAAGAGUAUUUAAAAAAUACACAAUUAUGCGAUAAUAUCAAAAACAUUUUUGACCAGUUUGAAAAGAAAAGAAAAAAAAUUGUAAUAAUUGUAAAUGCGAGAAUUUCAUUCCAAGUGCGUUAUGCCAAAGUGUCUCCGAUUUACGGUGAACAAAAAAAAAAAAAAAAAAAUCGUUGGAGCUGGGCAUUAAUGAAAUUUUGAAUUUAUAAGAAAAUCAAGUUAAACUAUUAAAAAGUUUAAAUUUAAAAUAAAAUAAAAAAAAAUAAAUAAAAAAGUAAAAUAAAGAAAAAUUAUUUUGUUUUAAUUUCUAUUAUUGUUAUUGAAAAAAAAUGUUAAAAAAUUCAUUCGUAUUAUUUUUCAAAAAAAAAAAAAAAAAAAAAUGAAUUUAAAUUGUAUAAUUGCUUGUUAUAAAAGCCCAGCUCUUUAAUUACUUCAAAACCGGUUAAAUUUAUUAUCUUUGAAUUAUAUAUUUGGACAAAAAUAAAAAAAAAUGAGAGAAAUGAACUUGUAAAGUUCGUUGCGUAUGAUUAAUUUUAAGUGAAUCUAAUUUGUAAAUAUUAAAUUAUUAUUGCUAUUAUUUUUGUUAUUUCCGACGUCGAGAAUAUGCUUUGUUUAGUCUAGAUUUUUUUUUUUUUAAUUCUUUCCUCUAAAAAGGGGAAAUGUGUGUGUAUUUUUAUUUUUACGUCUGGUUUUUGAUCGGAAGUAAGGGUAAAAUCAAUCCGACGAAACAAAAAUGUAUUCAUGUAUUAGUAUUUAAAGUGUGAUUGAAUUAAUAUACGAUAAACGUAUUUGUAAUUUAUUUGAAAGAUCCCGAACCGGGACCAACGAGUGUGAAUAUUCGUUUGGAUUUUUUUUUGUGUGUAAUUGGAUCGUUUAAAAAAAAUGUAUUUCCAUUGUAUAAUCGGUUCGACGGGUCUUAGUCAUUGUGAUGUACUGUUUUCGUUGAAACGAAUUUAUAUCUAUUUUUUUUUCGUUUUUUUUUUUAUUCGAUAGUCAGUAAAUCAGACUCACAGCGUUAGAAUCUUGUGAUAUAUAUAUAUAUUAUUUUUUUUUAUUAAUUUUCAAUAUAACGCAAUGUGAAGCGAGAAACAUUCCGAAAAAAUAGUCUGAAAAAAAUUAUAAAAAAGAACUCUUAAUUCCAAAAAAAAAAAAAUCAAAUUGCAAAAUUAAAUCAAUUUUAUAAUUCUUUUUGGUAAGAAAAUGAAAACAUUGGAUUUUUGAGUUAUUUUACUUUUGUCUCUUCUACGAUCUUCUUGCUUAAUUAUCAAGGAGUGAUAUUUUUUGUAUAAAUUAUUAUUGUACAGUAUCAAGGAGACUUGACUGUGUCUUUUUUUUCGCGAAAACUGGUGAACCGCAAUCUAAAUAAAUUAAUGAUUUUGAGAAAAAUAAUAUUAAUCUACAAUAAUGGUUAAUAUUUCGAAGCUUGGAAUAAUAAUAUCUUAUUAAAUAUUCUUACCAGUUAGAAAUACUGAGUGUUGUAUCGUCUGUGUGUUAUGAAAUACUGAGUAAAUAAAAAAAAAUCGCUACGUACAACAUA